UCCAAACGAAUCCAAUAAGAAAAAGUUUGGUUAUUUUUUUUUUAGGUUUUGGUGCUAACUUCACAGAGGUCAUAUUUUUGUUUAUGACAGUAGAGUAGACAGCCAGCUGGGGACACAGAUCUCGCAAAAAAAAGUGUUUGACAAGUUAAUUUAAAGUCGGUAUUUAUAAAUUUUCAUCUUAUUAUGACAUAAAAGUGAAAAUUGAAUAUUUCUAGGCUUAAAACUUUUAAGGAAUUAUUCUCAUUAAAACAGAUUAUAAUUAACAAGAUAAUAUUCAUAAUUUUAAAAUAAUGGCCAAUAUUAAAAAUUUGGAUCAACAAAUCGCUAAUUUACAAAUAAAUCAUAGCGAUGAAGCCGUUAAGGCUGGUAAAAAAGUUGGACCAGCUGUUCCUCCAAAACCAAAAAAAUCACAACCACAGGUACCGCAAAGUUAUACAAUAAAGGCAGCUUCAAUUCCGUCGUAUAGUACAGUUUUAAAUAAUGCUGGAUCAAAUGAAAAACCGUCCAAUAUUUAUAUGAAUUCACCAACUCCAUAUGCGCCAUUAAAUUUGGAAAAAAAUGAUUUCACAUCAUCAACAGCAGCAACUAAUGGAAAUAAACCAACGAAAUUUUAUCAGAAUAAUGAAAAUUUUUACACGAAUCAAACGGAGGAAAAAUUUGAUUCAAAAUAUAAUUACGAUGAUAAACAUUUUUAUUCAAAUGUUGACAAUAUAUCUACAGCACAAAUUCCAAUUGAUAAUAAUAGAUCUGGAGGUGUUGUCAAAAAUGCAUUAUACAGCAAUGUUGAAUCAACAAUGCCAAUUUCAAUUCCCCAUUCGAGUAAUAAAAAAGAAAAGGAUUUAGUUUACAGUAAUAUACAAUGGAAUACAAAACCUGAGAAUACUUACUGUAAUGUUCCAGGUGCACAUAAUGCUGACGAUCUUCCGCCUCCGCCAGAGCCUACAGAAUAUGUUCAUUGUUUACCGGGAAGUUCAUUUCCACCACCACCACCGGAAGAACUUCCACCGCCACCAAGUCCCGUUUCCUCGAGUUACAGCGAAUUGAGACGUGCCACUUAUCAAAAUGAUUAUUCCUCUGGCAACUAUCCAAACGAUAUUUACGGACCAAGUUCACAAUCAAGCUCAACUUAUGAAUCAAUUUAUGAGCCAAUAAAUCCACGACCACCGUCACAGCUCUCAUGCAAUUAUUCCAUGUAUUCUGGAUACGGCUCAGCAACAAUGACACAACCACAGGAUAAAGUUUCACCAGUUAAAGAAGUCGAUGUACUAACGGAUCUUCUUGUACAAGGAAUGGAGGAUAAUCAGGAGGAUAGUGAUAUUUAUGGAAUUUGCGCUCAAUGUGGUCGUAAAGUUGAAGGCGAGGGUACAGGUUGUUCAGCGAUGAAUAAAGUUUUUCACAUAAGUUGCUUCUGUUGUUUUGUUUGCAAUAUUAAUCUUCAAGGAAAACCAUUUUAUUCACUUGAAGAGAAACCAUAUUGCGAGGAGGAUUAUUUAAAUACAUUGGAAAAAUGUUGUGUUUGCACACGACCUGUUUUGGAUAGAAUUUUAAGAGCUACUGGCAAACCAUAUCAUCCAUCAUGUUUUACUUGUGUUGUUUGCGGACAAAGUCUCGAUGGCAUUCCAUUUACAGUUGACGCAACUAAUCAAAUACAUUGCAUUCAAUGCUUUCACAAAAAAUUUGCGCCUCGUUGUUGCGUUUGUAAACAGCCAAUAAUGCCUGAACCGGGCGAAGAUGAAACUGUGCGUGUUGUCGCAUUGGAUAGAAGUUUUCAUAUUCAAUGUUACAAAUGUGAGGAUUGCGGUUUAGUUUUGUCCUCGGAUCCAGAAGGUCGUGGCUGUUAUCCAUUGGACGAUCAUGUUCUUUGCAAAAGUUGUAAUGCAGCGCGUGUUCAAGCUCUUACAUCUCACAUGACGACGGAAUUAUAAAUUUUUUCCGAAUUACAUUUAUAUAUUUAAAAUACAUGCCAAAUAGUUAGAAAGUCAUCUUUGAAAUCGAUGAUGAACUGCGAUCACUUUUUUUUUUUUGCUAACAAUUUUAAUAUAAUAAAUGCUUUUUCUAUGCGCACAAAGUGCUUUACGCUAAUUAUAUAAAGCUUUUUUUUUUGUUUGCAUUUUUCACGUUUCAUAUUUAAUAAUAUGGAAAAUUGUCCUCUUUUUUUUGUUACCGAUUUGAUGUGCCAUUAUAGAAUUUUAAUAAUGCAUUUAAUUUUUUUUUUCUUUUUUUAAAUCCAAACUUUGUCAGUAACGAAUUUUUUGUAAACCUUUAAAUGCUUCAUCGAAACAAAUUGUUUUUUUUUUCAUAGAAACGCGAAAAUUUUAUGUGUAAAUAUUUUGUAAUUUUAGAAAAGUAGAUGCCAUUUUUUUUAUAAUUUUCCAUUGCUUUUAAUUUUGUAUAUGCAUUUUUUUUUUUUGAGAAAAUUUUUGCGCAGCUUCAUUUUUUUUUUAUUAAUAGUAUUAAUAUUAAUUAUUAAUAUUAAUAUCAUAAAUAAAUUAGCUAUUUGCAGUAUUCAAUAAGAAAAAAUGGUAAAUUCGUGAUUUACUUUUACAUAUUCCAGAAAUAAUUAUACUCCUGUUAAUUGUAUAGAUUCAAAAGAAAUUUAUGUUGUUAGAUUUAAGUGUUUUGUAAGUUCUGAUAUGACAAAAAAAAAGAAUAUUCCAUUUAGAAAUAAAAAAAACAACUAUGUAUUAAUUAUGUGAUAUGCGUAGACAUACAUUUCUAAAUACUUAGUUUAAAAAAUGGAAAUAAAUUAUUUAGAAUAAGUUUUUUUUUAGAUUGUAUACACUUUCUGUACAUUUAAUAAAAGCAUAUACAAAAAAAAAUUUGCCUUCUUUAAUGAUAAUUUUAUUAGUUAUCUUUAUUAUGGACAGGUAAAUAAAAAUCAUUUCAAAUUGAGUAGAUUUCACGUUGCAUGAAGUUUUAUUAUUCUUUUAUUUAUGAUAGAGAUGUACAUUUUAUUUGACGCUAUCUCUUGCUUCAACUAUCUUUUUUUUAUCCAGCUAUGUUCAUGCAUAGUCGUCUUUAUUUUGUUUUAUUUCUUUUUUUUUAUUGUUAUAAUUAUAAUAUUUAUAUAUAUAUUUUUAUGUAUAAUAGACUUUUUUUAAAUAUAAUAUGUAUCUCUUACAAUAUCAUGUACUUUUAUUAUUGUAAAUUAAUCCCGUAAUAACAACCUACGUGUCAUUUUUUUUUGUGUAUACUAUGUUAUAUUAUUGGUACAUAAAUUUUCUGUUUGUUUUUAUUUUUUUAUUCUUAAUAAGGGCUUAGCUUGUGGAACGUGCAAGGUACUUGGUAAAGAUUUUCAUUUUUUUUUUAAUUUCGUCCUAUUAAACUUAUUCUACUUCAAUAGCGGAGCAGUAUAUACAUAUUAUAAAAAAAAAGGAAGAAUCAUCGAGUUCUAACAACUAAUUAAAAAAAAUAAUAAUAAUAAUAAUGAAAAAAGCAAUUCAAUUGUCAGGUACGCUACUUAAACUUUUAUUUCAUAAUCACAAAAGAAAAAUUUAUACUUUCAGGAUGUCAUAAACGUCAACUGAAGAAAAUAAUAUCUCUCGCAUGCACAAAGUCAUCACACAGUUGACGUUUUAUUAAAAUAAAAAAAAAAAAAAAGUUAUUUUUAAAUUAAAAAAAAAUUUGUUCAUCCUACAAGAAAAAAAAAUCUUAGGCUUUUUUUUUUUUUAGUGACUACGAAAAAAAAGCAUCGAAUGAUUCUUUGUCUACUUUUUCAGUCUCGUUUUUUUUUUUAAACUAAACAAAUUUUAUGAAUUUUGGAAAGCGAAAAAUGAAAAAAAAAUCGCUCGAAGUUUUUUGUCAUUUAUACUUUGACUUUUUUUGAAAGCAAGUACUUGACACUCCACAAACUUAAACGCGUCGUUUGCUUUUUAUUUUAUUUUAUUUUUUUUUUUUAAUACGCGUAUAACACAUUUAUCAUCCUAUCGAUGUCUUGCUAUCUACGUUUUUUUUUCUAGCUUCUAGCUUAGAUUUUUUUUUUUUUUUUUUUU